CACGCGCGUGUGACGUUACUGGAAAGUGAUUGGCUGCCGGCGGGGCGGGGUGGGGCGUGCAUCUGUGGCGUCGGCGAGCAAUAUGGCGGCGAUGACGAGAGGCUCUUCGCUAGUCUUCAGAAGAUGGCUGACGCAGCAGUGCCGCCGGCGAUGCGUGGCCCACGUCGCGCCGCGCCUAAUUCCCGCCGCCACCGCCGUGCCGGAGCGGACGUUACCGACGUGCGGCGUGAACUCGCGGACGUUGGCCCGCGCGCUGCACGCCUCAACAGCCCGCGGCGCCGUGGUCCAGUUCAAACUGUCAGACAUCGGCGAGGGAAUCACGGAGGUGACGGUGAAGGAGUGGUACGUGAAAGCGGGAGACAAAGUGUCUCAGUUCGACAGCAUCUGCGAGGUUCAAAGUGACAAGGCGUCCGUCACCAUCACCAGCCGCUACGACGGCGUCAUCACCAAACUUUACUACGACGCCGACGACGUGGCCCUGGUGGGCCAACCGCUGGUGGACAUCGACACCGAAUCGGCUUCGGACGCCAUCCAGGAAGAAGACGUGGUGGAGACGCCGGCCAUGGCCCGAGAGGAGCACACCCACCAGGAAAUCAAAGGACUCAAGACCCAGGCCACACCGGCCGUCAGACGCCUCGCCAUGGAGAACAACAUCAAGCUGAGCGAGGUGGUGGGGUCAGGAAAGGAUGGCCGCAUCCUGAAGGAAGACAUUCUCAACUUUCUGGCCAAGCAGACGGGCGCCAUUUUGCCUCCCAGCCCCUUACGGGAAACGCCCUCGGCGUCCCCGCCGCCCCCCGCCGCUCGGCCGCUGCACGUCCCGGUUGGCCGAGACACCACCGAGCCGCUCAAAGGCUUCCAAAAGGCCAUGGUCAAGAGCAUGACGGCGGCGCUGGCCAUCCCGCACCUGGGUCUGUGCGACGAGGUGGACCUGGGACGCCUGGUGGCGCUGCGGGCCGAGCUCAAGGCCGAAGCCCAAAGUCACGGGGUCAAACUCAGCUACAUGCCCUUCUUCAUCAAGGCCGCCUCCCUCUGCCUAGCCCGCUUCCCCGUCCUCAACGCCACGUUGGACCAGGGCUGUCAGAACAUCACAUAUAAGGCGUCCCACAACAUCGGCGUGGCCAUGGACACGGGCCUGGGUCUGCUGGUGCCAACCGUGAAGAACGUGCAGCUGCUCAGCAUCCUGGAAGUGGCGCGGGAACUCAACCGGCUGCAGGAGCUGGGCGCCGCCGGACAGCUGGGAACGGCCGACUUGAGCGGAGGAACGUUCAGCUUGUCCAAUAUCGGAUCGAUCGGAGGGACGUACGCCAAGCCGGUCAUCCUCCCGCCCGAGGUGGCCAUCGGGGCGCUGGGCAGAAUCCAGGUGCUGCCGCGCUUCGACGCGUCCGGUCAAGUGACCCGCGCGCACGUGAUGAACGUCAGCUGGUCGGCGGACCACCGCGUGGUGGACGGCGCCACCAUGUGUCGCUUCUCCAACAUGUGGCGAGACUUCCUAGAGAACCCCGCCAGCAUGCUGCUGCACCUCAAGUGAAGCUCCGCCUCCGUCAUCGUCUUCAUCCUCCGCCGGCGACGCGCGCAGUAGAAAGAGAGCGAGGUCACUCCCGUAUGGUUUGACGUGAUUUUCUGUUACGGUUCUUCUUUUUUGGUUAGUGCCUUGUCACUUUUAGGGGUUCAAGUGAAUAAAAAGACAUAUUUGGAAUGGAGUGCAAGUGUAUAAAACACACGGGCGAGUCAUGGCGCCACCUGGCUGAAUACUCAAACAGCUGCAGGUGUUAUUUUUAGAACUUUUUUUUCUGUUUUGUGGGAGGUCAAAUGACCUCUCUGUAUAGCUAGGAGUGCGGCAAAGGAUCACAAAGGAGGUGAGCAAAACGGCAAACCUUGACAAACACUCCAGAAAUGCAUUUAAGUGUUGCUAUGCUAUGCUAAGAUAACCGUGGCGUACGGGCGCCACGCGGGGUCUUGACAAAGGAGGGAGGCUCAACGCCACGGGGCUAGAGGUCAACCUUUCUGCUCAACGUGAGUGACAAAUGAGCGGCCAUUUAUGGGCUUUUCUGACAUCUUUUUAAGCUCAAUUUCAAAAUGCAAUGAGAGAAAAGUAUUAAAAGUGGCCAUCUUGUCAAGCCUACACUGGUAGUAAUUGUCCCAUUUUUAAUGAUGAAAAACGACCAGCAAAUCAGGGGGCGCUAAAAGCAGAUUCUAAUAAUACACCAGUGAGUACUUGGUGCUGCAUGAGUCUGGCUUAGAUUCAAUCAAAUAGUAACAAAACAAUGGAAAAUUCCUACUUCAAAGUCGAGUAUUUAGCACUGUAACCUUGAACGCUAUGUCUACACCUAGCAGUGUUUUUAAAACCGAGGAUUCUGCUCUAAUACAAUGGGAAAAAAUAAUUACGUCCACACCUGCAUGUUUGUUUAAAAAAAAAUUUUUUUUUUAAAACAGCCAACCAUAGACUCCAUAAUGAUAUUGACGGGUCAGAUCGGUCAUGCACUGCGCCUCGCUUUCAAGUAGGGGGCCGCCCACAUCAAGAGGAGCUAUUCACAAACACGCAAGGAUCUAAUGCCGGAUUUCUUUUGAAAAAGUACGAAAGCUGUACCGUAUACAAAUAGGAAGGAUUGUCUCAGGAGUUAUUUGUUUGAGGAUUCAAGGUCAUUAUUACUGUAUAUUUUUAUACCAUGCACGCAUUUUGAAACGUGGAGAAAAAAAAAAUCAAUGGGAGAAAUUAUCCGCGACUGCACUGGCAUGUUUGCAAUAUUUACAAAAAUUAAAUGCUAACUGCACGUUUCUUUUUUGCUUUUAACCACGAAUCGAGACUUUAAUGUCCAUGCCCAUAAAGAAUUUGGGGAUUUAAGCAUUUGUUCACAAGAAUUUUCGCCAGAAAAGCUCUAUUUACUUCAGGCGGCCGCUAGCUGCAUUCGCUAACAGACUAGCAUUGUACUUCGACAUAUUUUCGUAAAAUAAAUGCCAACUGCACAUUUUUUUCCCUUUUAACCAAGAAUCGAGACUGUUUUACGUCCAUUCAGGGAUUUAAGCAUUUAUUCACAAGAAUUUUGACCGGAAAAGCUCUCUUUUCAUCAGGUGGCUGCUUGCUACAUUCACUAACAGACUAGCACUGUACUUUGACAUAUUUACGUAAAAUAAAUGCUAAAUGCAAGCUUUUUUUUCUUCUAACCAAGACUUGAGACUUUUACGUCCAUUCAGGGAUUUAAGCAUUUAUUCACAAGAAUUUUCUCCGGAGAAGCUCUUUACAUAUGGCAACCGCCACGUUGACUGACAGACUAGCAUCAUACUUCGACAUAAUUAUGUGAAAUAAAUGCUAACUGCGUUUUUUUUUUUUUUUUGGUUUUAACCAAGAACCGAGGCGGUUUUACGUCCAUAUCUAUAAAGAAUAAGGGGAUUUAAGCAUUUAUUCACAAGAUUUUUGACCAGAAAAGCUCUUUUUACAUGAGGCGGCCGCUAGCUGCAUUCACUAACAGACUAGCAUUGUACUUCGACAUAUUUGCGUAAAAUAAAUGCUAUCUGCAAGUAAUUUUUUUCCUUGUAACCAAGAAUCGAGACUGUUUUACGUCCAUUCGGGGAUUUAAGCAUUUAUUCUCAAGAAUUUUCACCAGAGAAGCUCUGUUUACAUAUAGCGACCUCCACAUUGACUGACAGAUUAGCAUCGUACGUUGACAUAUUUAUGUAAAAUAAAUGCUAACUGCGCGUUUUUUGUUUUGUUUUUGCUUUUAACCAAAAAUCGAGGCAGUUUUAUGUCCAUAUCUAUAAAGAAUUUGGGGGUUUAAGCAUUUAUUCACAAGAAUUUUCAACAAAAUGAAACCUGUGUUUCUACUCGGUCAGAACAAUGCAGGCCCCCAUUGAUUGGCCCCACGCCCCAUCAAUACAUUCUAAAUUCUAUGCACAUUAAUUCAUUUUGAACUACAUUCAUAACAAUGUGCGAAAAAUAAUUGUCCAUAAUACUCCUAUUUUUCGCAUGGGUUCUUCAAUAUGAAGAACAGCAAGAGUUUGUAAACAAAAUAGAAGCAAAAAAGCACCCGUCUAAUUUACUCCAAAUGUAAACAUCGGUUUUAUGUGUGACGUAACAACAAAGUUUGUGGCAGCCAGUGACCUUUCCACAGUUAAAUCUUCGGUGUCCACAUGAUGGCGCCACAAACGCAGAAUUCGCACAUCUUCACUUUGCCUGGCGUUCUUCAAGGGAUACACGGAUAGAAAGGCUUGUAGUUCUUAAAAGAUGAACGUUAUUAUGAGUUACAAUGAUUUGAUAUUAAACCCCCUCUUGAUGUUUAACUAAAAUUAGUUUAACUAGAACGGGUCGAAACCUUUUCGGCUGAGAGAGCCAUGAACACCACAUAUUUUUUACAUGUAAUUCUGUGAGAGCCAUACAAUAUAUUUAAAAUAAAAAAUAAAAGUAAUGUGUGCAUUUUGUGUAAUUUCAACACUUUUAAAGUACUCUGAAUAACAGUUAUGCUGUUGCUAAUCGAUGAUGAAUAUUUCUUGCCAUUAAUGCGACUUCUGAACUCAGUGAAGGACUUGCAUAAGCCCUCCCUUUUUGUUGUCCCUUUCAUAGUCAAAACCUUGCAAUCACGCUGAACUGAGAUAAAUUGCUUAUGUCUGUUGACUGAGAAAAAAUAGUGUCGCAUUUACGUCUUUCACUUGCGUUGCCUCAAUUGGAUUAGACAUCAUGAUGGUAUGAUCGUGAACAGUCUUUCAUCCGUUUAAUUAUCUUGUCUUUAUCCGAAAAGUCGUCAAAAACUCUCCAUAAAGGCAAAUUCCUCCGUCCACUCCUGCUGAAAAGUAUGAUACUCCUGGCAUUUUUUUUUCCUUUUGACAUCUUCUCAAAAGGGUUUCUGAAAUUAGUUGACAAACGUGGAAGACGAAACUAAAAACUAGGGAAGUUUGCUUCACGCACAUGCGUACAUCGGCCGCUAUUUUCGACAGCAAAAUACGGCAACCUGACUUGAAUGGUGUUUCUGCCUCAUCUGUGUUGCCCAUGAGAUAGAUAGAUAGAUAGAUAGAUAGAUAGAUAGAUAGAUAGAUAGAUAGAUAGAUAGAUAGAUAGAUAGACAGACAGACAGACAGACAGACAGACAGACAGACAGACAGACAGACAGACAGAC